AUGUACUGGGUUUAUCGUUCUUUAAAUUUUCUCAAGAUACAUCAGUUACCAUUUCCAAAACGAAUCGAUUUCUCUUGUUACAUUGAUCGAAAUACUUCUACCUAUGCAAAUUUAACUUAUCAUGUUCUCAAUGAUGCAGAUGCAGCAUUAUCUGUUCUUGGUGCUCCAAAAUCAUAUGGCAUUGCUGAAACAUAUUAUUUCAUUGAUGACACACAAAGAAAAGAAUUUGGACAAGCAUUUGCUUUAGAAGCUCUAUCAAAUCCACGUCUUAGUCAUCUUCGUUUUUGGACAACACCUGAUGCUGGAGGAAAAGGAAUACAUAUUGCAUAUCCAUUUGCAAUUGAAGAUUUUCUUCCACCAUUAAAGAAGAUUUCUAUUAACUGA